AUGCCGUAUGACGAGCCGAUGGCCUCGAGGCCAGCCUCAAAUGCAUGUGCCGUCGACGGGUUCGACUGCUUCAUCGGCGUCGAGUUCGAAUACCUGGUCCCUUAUAUACCCCCCGGAAAGGCAGACCCGGACCCAGUCGACAAGAGGUACGUGGUUAUGGACGACGUCGAGACGAGAAACGGCGAGAGUGAAAUGACCAGAGAACUCGCAGCUGCUCUGGCCAACACGAGGCUGCACCGAGACUUUCGAGAGGCAGGGCUGCCGGCGGUGGUGGACUCGAUAGUGAAUUCCAAGAUCAAGGAGAUGGAGGACGACGACGAGAUAGAGGCAAAGAGGAACAGGUACUUUGCCAAGCAGGCCGCCGAGCAGGGCGUCCCGAUCCCACGCGACGGCUCGGCCGUGGAGCACCGGUUCUGGCGGCUCAACACGGACUUGAGCGUCAAGCACGACAAGAACAACACGGACUGCAUGGGCCGGGAGCGCUACCUCUGGGCCCUCCCGCACCAGAGCAUGGGCUUCGACGAGAAGCUGGGCCUGGAGCUCGCGAGCCCCGUGCUGCGGGCCAGCGAGGCGGCCGACGCCAUCUCGGCCGCGCUGCACACGCUGCGCCGCAACCUGCGGUUCGUGGUGCCGCGCUCCGCCGGCCUCCACGUGCACCUCUCGAGCCUCGAGGGCGGCGUGGACCUGCUCACGGUCAAGAAGAUGGUCUCGCUGGUGCUGCUGUGCGAGGGCGUCAUCUACACCAUGGCGAACCCGUGGCGGCUCAAGAGCAAGUUCUCGGCGAGCGUCAUGUCGGCCCUCGUGACCGCCCAAGAAGACCGCGAAACACGCAGCAGGACCCUGGGCGAGACUGGGCGCGAGCUGGCCGUCAUCGAGGCGGACCGCAACAGCCGCCUCGAGACCAUGCACGAGCACCUGCCCUGGCCGCUGCGGCCGUCGGAGAAGCGGCACGACGCCCUCGAGACCCUGUGGACGUGCGCCGGGCACGACGAGCUGAGGAUGCUGCACAGCGGCAUGGCGGUCAAGCGCAAGGCCGACCGGCCGACCGAGGAGGACCCGGACGCCGGGCUGUACACCAUCGAGAUGCGGCAGUUUGAAGGCACGGUGGACCCGGACACGACGUGUGCGUGGGUGAGGUUCUGCGCGGCGCUGUUCCGCAUCGCAUCCACCGGCGACGCCGCGAGCUACAAGGCCAAGAUGACGGAGCUGAACAACCUCUUGUCGCAUAGGUACGACAACCCGGCGAGCGCCUUCACCAUGUACACGUGCAAGCUUGAGGCCUUUAUGCAGGCGAUUGGUCUUGCCGACGCUGCCCAGUUUUGGAGGAGGAAGUCGGAUCGGGACAAGGUCAUACCCACCCUGUCCCAAACCUGCAUGACCCCUACUAGGCUGAUACCACCGCUGAUAUGGUAG